AUGACAACACCUUCUCAUCACGAAUCAGCAAGAACUACCGAGCAAAGAACUUCAACAGCAUCUUCUGAAUCUAAAGAAUCUGAAAUGCAUAAGAACAAGCCAACUAGUGUUAGUAGUACAACAUCUACAACGCUUUCUUCAACACAAACAGAAAAUUUAACUGAAACCACAACACAUAAUGGUAAAACUGUUCUAUCAAUAUUUGAUCUAAUUCCUGAUAUAGAAGAAUUAAAUGAUGAGCCUCUUCCUGAACCUGGUAACACUAAUAUUAAUUUCUUGGAUGAAAUUACAAAAGAAACCCAGUUUACUACACCCAAAAAAACCAGCAAAGGUAUUAUUGAAACUGGAAAAACACUCACAGCAUCAACUGAAAGUAUAGCUACUAGUAAAACUAGUUCAAGUACAACUGAAUUUGAAGAACAAGCUGAACUUGAAACUCCAGAAUCUGAUGAGGAAUUUAUUAUGAAAUUUGAAAAGGUUACUUUGAGUGAAGAAGCUGUGGCAGAAAUUGUUGAAGCUAAUCUUCCUCCAGUUGAAGAAACUGUUUCUUUAGAAACAGAUUUGAUGACAGAAGUAUCUGAACAAAAAAAUAACAACCAAUCGACAGAAAGUGCAGAAGCAGCAAGCCCAGAAAUAUUAGAACAUGAGACAAAGUUGUCAAGUCUUUUCAGUGAAGAACAAGAAAGUACUAGAGCAAUACAUGAGCAUACGAAAAGUUCAACAGAAAAUACACAUGGAAAAACAUCACAAGGAUUUACUGAAGAAGAUCAAGCAUCAAAAAUUGAAUAUCUUACAACUUUAGGGUAUAAAAUAGAAGAAACUUCACAAGAAUCAAUAAUUUCGCAUAUACAUACCCCUAAAACAAAAGCGAGUGAAGAAUUAGCACACAGUACGCCAGUAACGGAAGGUAUUUUUAAACAACAUGGUACAGAAUCUAAAGAAGUAUUGUCAUCAGAAUAUGAAGUAGAAAGAAGAACAAAAGAGAAAGAAAUUUUACAUACAUUAAUACCAAACUUUUAUAGCGUUAAGCAAAAAUUUACUGCACCAUUAGGAAAAGAAAUUUCCCAUACAUUUAUGGGAGAAAAUACAGAAGAAAUUUUAAAAGAAAAGACUCAAACUAUUGAAAAAGAAAUGACCGAAUUUGAAGAAACGUCUACCAUAACAACACAAUUUACAGAAGCUGAAAAGUUUAAUACCCCAAAAUACAAUGUAACAGAUGUAUUUGAAAAAUCAUGGCAAGAAACAAUUACUCUUAGAAAAGCCACAGAACAGAGUACUGAAAAUUAUAUAGCAUCUAAGGAAGAAGGGCAUUCAAUCGAAUCUGAAGAAACCUUCGGUAAAACAACAGAAUCAGAAAUUUCUCACACAGAAGUUGAGGGAGAGGCUAAAGCUUCAUCAACGGAACAUAUUUCUGAGCAGUCAGUUCGUACAGAACCUGAAGAAUUAGAACAUACACUUUACAGAACAGGAUUAUCAACUGAAUAUAUGUUUGAGCAUUCGAUUCAUACAGUGCCUGAAGAAAUAGAUCAUACAGUAUUUAAGGAAAAAGAGCAUUCAGUCGAAACAGAAUCUGAAGAAACUUUAAGUGUAGCUUAUGAGUCAGAAAUUCCUCAGACAGAAUUUGAAGAGAAGACUCAAGGAAUAUCAACUGAACAUAUGUUAGAGCAUUCGGUACACACAGUGCCUGAAGAAAUAAAACAUACAGUAUCUAAGGAAGAAGAGCAUUCAGUCGAAACAGAGACUGAAGAAACCUUAAGUGUAGCUUCUGAGACAGAAAUUCCUCAGACAGAACCUGAAGAAAUAGAGCAUACAGGAUAUAAGGAAGAAGAGCAUUCAGUCGAAACAGAGACUGAAGAAACCGUAAGUGUAGCUUCUGAGGCAGAAAUUCCUCAGACAAAACCUGAAGAAAUAGAACAUACAGUAUCUAAGGAAGCAGAGCAUUCAGUCGAAACAGAGUCUGAAGAAACUUUAAGUAAAGCUUCUGAGACAGAAAUUCCCCAGAGAGUACCGGAAGAAAUAGAACAUACAGUAUCUGAGGAAGAAGAGUAUUCAGUCGAAACAGAGACUGAAGAAACCUUAAGUGUAGCUUCUGAGUCAGAAAUUCCUCAGACAGUACCGGAAGAAAUAGAACAUACAGUAUCUAAGGAAGAAGAGCAUUCAGUAGAAACAGAGACUGAAGAAACCUUAAGUAUAGCUUCUGAGUCAGAAAUUCCUCAGACAGUACCGGAAGAAAUAGAACAUACAGUAUCUAAGGAAGAAGAGCAUUCAGUCGAAACAGAAUCUGAUGAAACUUUAAUUGUAGCUUAUGAGUCAGAAAUUCCUCAGACAGAAUUUGAAGAGAAGACUCAAGGAAUAUCAACUGAACAUAUGUUAGAGCAUUCGGUACACACAGUGCCUGAAGAAAUAAAACAUACAGUAUCUAAGGAAGAAGAGCAUUCAGUCGAAACAGAGACUGAAGAAACCUUAAGGGUAGCUUCUGAGACAGAAAUUCCUCAGACAGAACCUGAAGAAAUAGAGCAUACAGUAUCUAAGGAAGAAGAGUAUUCAGUCGAAACAGAGACUGAAGAAACCGUAAGUGUAGCUUCUGAGUCAGAAAUUCCUCAGACAAAACCUGAAGAAAUAGAACAUACAGUAUCUAAGGAAGAAGAGCAUUCAGUCGAAACAGAGACUGAAGAAACCUUAAGGGUAGCUUCUGAGACAGAAAUUCCCCAGACAGUACCGGAAGAAAUAGAACAUACAUUAUCUGAGGAAGAAGAGUAUUCAGUCGAAACAGAGACUGAAGAAACCUUAAGUGUAGCUUAUGAGUCAAAAAAUUCCUCAGACAGUACCGGAAGAAAUAGAACAUACAGUAUCUAACGAAGAAGAGCAUUCAGUCGAAACAGAGUCUGAAGAAACUUUAAGUGAAGCUUCUGAGACAGAAAUUCCCCAGACAGUACCGGAAGAAACAGAACAUACGGUAUCUAAGGAAGAAGAGCAUUCAGUCGAAACAGAGACUGAAGAAACCUUAAGUGUAGCUUAUGAGUCAAAAAUUCCUCAGACAGUACCGGAAGAAAUAGAACAUACAGUAUCUAAGGAAGAAGAGCAUUCAGUCGAAACAGAGACUGAAGAAACUUUAAGUGAAGCUUCUGAGACAGAAAUUCCUCAGACAGUACCGCAAAAAAUAGAACAUACGGUAUCUAAAGAAGAAGAGCAUUCAGUCGAAACAGAGACUGAAGAAACCUUAACUCUAGCUUCUGAGUCAGAAAUUCCUCAGAUAGUACCGGAAGAAAUAGAACAUACAGUAUCUAAGGAAGAAGAGCAUUCAGUCGAAACAGAGUCUAAAGGAA